AACACAACACAACAGAACCCACCACCCUCCAGUCCUAUAGCCUCGCCCUGUUUUCCCUUACGCCAGCUGCUAUUGUUGCGCCCCCUCUCGACCAGCCCGAUUGCGACAGCCCCAACAGUUCUAGCUCUCUAUACCCUUUUUUUUCCCCUCCCAAGCCUGUACAGGACCAGCGCCCCGAUCCUAGAAUCCUAGAAUCGCCUUGACGAUUGCGCCGCUAGAGCCUUCAUCUCUUCUGGCGGGGGGUCAAUCAUGGCCGACAUGCUCACCGAUGAGCGGGUCGCCGGCCUGCUGGCGAUCCUUAGGAAAGAUGUGUCCGUCGACGCCAAAGUGCAGCAAGUCACAGCCGUUAAGUCCGCUAUCAAGCACUAUAGCGUACCUGACACAUGCGUCGCGCCACUCUUCGAAGCCCUCCGCCUUGCCUCGAGCUCCCAGCACCUCGUCCUCAUCAAUGCCGGCUUCACCACCCUAAAUCACCUCCUGACGCGCAUGUCGCUCCAGGAGCCCAAGUACCUCGCCAAGGAAGCCAAGCAUACGUUACCACUUAUCGCCGACAAGAUGGGCGACCAGAAGGACAAAAUUAGGGCGUUGGCCAUACAAGCCAUGGCUACUAUGUACGUCCACGUAUCCUUGGAUGCCGAGAGGUUCGUGCGCAAUGCUGUCAUGGCCGGCAAGAACCCAAGGGCGAAGGAGGCCGGUAUGCAAUGGCUAUUGCAGAUGCAUAAGGAGAAUGGCUUACAGUUCCGUGCCUACGUGCCGACGCUGAUGGAAUUACUCGAAGACUCCGAUGGCAUGGUCCGAGAUGCUGCCAAGGGCACUGUGAUAGAGCUGUUCAAGGACGCCCCGAACGCGGCCAAAUCGGAUCUGAAGAAACAGUUGAAGAACUUCAAGGUCCGGCCCGCCAUAGAGCAGGCUAUCGUGAAGGAGCUGGCUCCGACUUCUACCAGGGCCGAUCCGGAUUCCCGGCCGGGCUCGGCGAUGCAGUCGAGCUCCAACCUUGCCGCGAGCGUCGCCUCCCUUUCGAGCGACCGACCGAUAACCCCCAUGCCCGACGUCAAGGUAGAAUCGGUCGAACCAUCAUACGUCAAUACCAACCGAGAACUGGACGACAUAUUCAGGGACAUGCAACCGUGGUUUGAAGGGAGGGAGAGCGAGCAGAACUGGCUCAAAAGAGAAGAGAGCAUCACUAAGCUACGGAGGCUCAAUGCCGGUAAUGUGCCGUCGGAUUUUCCGGACGCUUUCAUCGCCGGCUGUCGGGCAAUGCUGGACGGCAUUAUCAAAGCUAUCACCUCCCUGCGGACCAGUUUAUCCAAAGAAGGAUGCGCUCUCGUCCAGGACAUCGCCAACACCUUCGGCCCGGGCAUCGACCCGAUGGUCGAAUUGCUCAUGCAGACAUUCAUAAAACUGUGUGCGGCUACGAAAAAGAUAGCCUCACAGUUGGCUAAUACUGCGGUUGACACUCUCAUCGGAAGAGCCACAUAUAAUGCUAGGAUCAUGCAACACAUAUGGGGCGCUUGCCAGGACAAGAAUGUGCAGCCGAGGUUGUACGCCACGGGCUGGUUGAAGACGUUGCUGAAAAAGGAGAUGCAUCAUAAGAGCCAUCUCGAGCACGGCGGAGGUCUGGAUAUGAUCGAGAAGUGUAUCAAGAAAGGUCUCAAUGACGCGAACCCCGGCGUUCGUGAGAAGAUGCGUUCGACGUACUGGGCAUUUGCGGCGAUUUGGCCGCCGAGAGCGGAAGCAAUCAUGGAUGGCCUCGAAGCUACGGCACAAAAGUUGUUACAAAAAGACCCCAACAAUCCGAACUCGCCGAAGAAGUCCGAAGCAGCCCCGCGCCCAGGGUUGGGUCUUUCGAAGAGCACUAUGGCCAGCUCGAAGCCUUCGUUAAGAGAGGCGAUGCUGGCGCAGAAGAAAGCUCUGGCUACGAAGAACCUACCUUCUAGACCUGGGUCGGCGAUGGCCACAGUGACGCCAGUGCGGGCAGUGUCCAACGGAUCAGGAUCGUCGGCUACGCAUGCCGCUGCCCCCACAACCCGGACCCGUCCGGAAACUUCGACGAAAUCGCACGGAGGUAUGUCAGUGGCGCCGAUGCGGCCAGCUCGGAGGAGACCAGAUAUCGCACCCAGGCCGGCAACUGCGGGGCCGUAUUCGGGUAGAAACCAUGACGGGCCGUCGGCGGAGCGAACGAGCCCUUCUGACAGUACCAAGUCCAAGGGCGUCACGCCAAAGACGAUCUCAGGGUCUCCUAGGAGGACGGUACCGAGAACUAGACCUGGCCACAUAGCUACCGCCAGCGAAUCGAACAUCCUAACCCCUUCGAAGCCGGCGACUAGUAAGACCAUCGCCUCUCCGAAGAGUAGCCCGGCGAAGGCCAGCCCGGCAAAGGUCAACCGCGCUACAAAUGGCGUCGCUUCUAGCAGCCCUUCCAACUCAAAUGAGGAAUUCACCCUCGUGGUGCCUACCAUCGCGCAACUUAAAGACAGCUUGCAGCCGAAUUCGCCCAAGCCGUCCCCCGGAGUGGCGGCGGUCGCGGAACGCGAGACGACAAUAACGCCGUCAAAGUCUGUCGCCCCGACACCAUCCAAAUCACUACAAGUGUACGAAGAUCCCUUUACCGAGGAGGAUCAAGUUACACCUCGCCCGGCUACAGUUACUGUGAUAGAGCGACCGGUGCUCGAAGACAAGCCGGUUAACGAAGAUGCCGCCAAUCUAUCUCAUGUCCUCGCAGAGCUGAAUCAAGCCCCUGCCGGUCCGCCUAGCUCGCCCGACAAGAGCGGGCAGAAUUCUCGCCUCAUAGAAAGCGGCAUCGCUCGGGUGAAGGCGCAAACCCUUGACGUGCACGGCUUCCGCAAACUGCAGUCUCUUCUUCGUGAUACCAAGUUGCACCUAAGCGACGAUAAAUUCGAUGCCCUCUUACUCGGCCUCUUCGACUACCUCGAGUCUCCCCUCGACAACCUGCCCCCCGAGAAAGUGCAAGAUGUGAAGGCGCAGGUCCUUGCGACGCUCAAGGUGCUGCUCAAGAAGUCGCGCGACAGGUUCCAGCCCCACGUAUCCCGCGGCCUCGAAGCCCUCCUUUCGGCGCGGACCCGCUACGACGCGCGCACGCACAUCGUCAGCGGGCUCGAGCUGCUCGCCGACGAGUUCGUCGGGAUCGGCGACGCGAGCGAGAUUGCCGUAACCAUGACGCGGAACCUGAGCGCUAUGGACGUGGACCGGCCGACCGGCCACCGGAGCUUGAGCAUGGGCCUACACGUGCUAAAGGAGCUGAUGGAGGCGCCCCGGCGCUCGACGACGCCGCUAUUUGCGCCAGGCGAUGGCGAGAUUGCGGCGCUGCUGGGCCUGGCGAGCCGCUGCCUCGAAAGCAAAGAGAGCGGCGUGCGCAUGGACGCCGUGCAGCUAUGCGUCGCGCUGCACGCGCACCUCGGCGAAGCCCGAUUCUGGGACAGCAUGCGUCACGUCAAGGAAGACCCCAAGAGUCUGAUCACGUAUUACAUCGUCAAAAGACAGCGGGAGAACGGUGGACGCGUCUCGGGAGGAGCAUCCAGUAUCGGUAGUGCUGCUACUGCUUAGACUAAGGCGGCGACGAACAGUCUCCCCCCCCCCCCCCUACGUCUUUUCUCCCCGCGUGUUCUACUUGUUCUAUUACGCGGAUACGAGCUGGCUGUGCGGGUGUGUGUGUAUUAUCAAUCGAUACCCCGGUGAAGGAGAUGGCAUGAGAGCAAGAGCAACCAUUCGCGUUUUGCCCUCGCCCAGUUUGUCAUGGCUACCGCUCAA